AUGGUCGUUGGGACGGGUGUGGUCGGCGACAGCCAACGCGGCUCACCUGCCUUUCAGCACACUGCCUCAGAUACCCCCCAAGCUCGCCGGCGCCCCCUCACGGUACAUUGGCAUCGGGCUCUCCGCUCUCUGCUCUAUCUCAUCGCUUUGGUGUUUGUCAUCCUGGUGAUAAUUGGCAAUUUAUCCAACAAACCGGUCCUGCGCAGCACAUACUUCCUUUAUCUAGAUCUCUCAAACAUCAUUCCGCUCUCGGUGCCCAACGCUGUGUUCAUCAACUCUAUUGCCCAGUCGAUUGGUCUACAUGACUUCUACACGGUCGGGCUUUUGGGGUUUUGCGAGGGGUACAAUGUUGAGGGUAUUACGUCGUGCUCCAAACCGAAGGCGCUAUACGCCUUCAACCCAGUCGAGAUUAUCGUAUCGGAACUGUUGUCAGGCGCUAGUAUUGCGCUGCCCAGCGAGAUCUCGCAACCCUUGAACCUCGCCCGAACGGCAUCACAUUGGAUGUACGGUCUCUUCAUCACAUCCGCUGUCUUGAAUUUCGUCAUGAUCUUCCUCAGCCCCUUGGCUGUGUCUUCGCGCCCUCCACAAGCUAUCAAAUACGUGGGUGAUCACGAGCUCGCCCCGACGACCAGGCUUCCUCACCGACGACAACGAUUCGUGUGGCUACGCUCCUUCCCCUUUGUGUUCCUCUCUUUCUUCGCUGCAUUGGUCACGAUUGCGGGCUCGGUCAUCGCAACGGUCAUGUUUACCAUUUUCGCCAAUGUAUUCUCGAAUGCAGAUCCCAAUCUCAACAUCUCGGCCCAUGUGGGUGUUCAGAUGAUGGCGUUCAUGUGGGUAGCUUCAGGAUUCAGCCUGAUUGCCUUCAUCUUACAGCUCGGCUCAUGCUGCGCUGCCUGUUGCGGUGGCCGCAAGGUGCAAAAGCGACUCCAGGCGCGGGGGAUGAGUUUGCAUGAGAAGAGGUCACCUUCUGGGAGUGACCCUGGCACAUCCGAAGCUUCCCAAGCAGAAACACAAACGAGGGACGGAAGGUGA